AUGAGCGACAGCAGUGCCGUUGGCACGUCCGCGGACGACGCCAGCCACGACAAGAAAGAAGAAAUCCUAGUGGCCCAAGACGACGCAAGCAACGGCAACGACGUCAGCCAGGACAUCGACCCUAAGAACGAAGUUACCGGCGUCAAGCUCCUACUAAUCCACAUUUCUCUUUGCCUGUGCACUUUCCUAGUCGGCCUGGACUUCAACCUAAUCGCCACGGCGGUCCCGGUAAUCACAGCCCAGUUCGACUCGAUCCGCGAUGUAGGAUGGUACGGCGCGUCCUUUAUGGUAGCACUGUGCGCGAGCCAGCCGCUCGCCGGCAAGACAUAUACCCUCUUCUCGAAGAAACACACGUUUCUUCUGUACCUAUUCGUGUUUGAGCUCGGCAGCCUCGUAUGCGCGCUAGCGCCUACCUCGAACUCUCUGAUCGUAGGACGUGCCGUCGCCGGGCUGGGCGCGUCGGGGAUAUUCGCGGGCGGCUUGACGAUCCUCACCACGAUAGUACCGCUGCGCAAGCGGCCGAUUUGGACGGGGACUUGGAGCUCGGUCUUUGCUAUCGCGAGUAUCGUGGGCCCGGUUAUUGGCGGUGCUUUGACGCAGCAUGUCACUUGGCGGUGGUGCUUUUAUAUCAACUUACCUAUAGGUGGCGCCGGCGCCGUGAUAUUCUUUUUCCUAGUCCAUCUCGAGCCUGCUCCGACGGAAAAUACUCCGCUUCGCAAUAAAUUAGCAGGGCUUGAUCUGGCCGGUUUCGUACUACUCGGAGGCGCAAUCGUGAUGCUUCUGCUUGCGCUUCAAUGGGGCGGAGUCACAUACGCUUGGUCUUCGUCUAUCGUUAUUGGGCUGUUCGUCGGUGCUGGUGUGGUCUUGAUGCUCUUCAUCCGUUGGCAGAUCUACCAGAAGGACAAGGCCUUGAUACCGCCGAGAUUAUUCUCCAUUAACCGGAACCCCGGACUCAUAUGUGCAGCAUCGUUCUUCAUCAAUGGGCCCUUCCAGCUCAUCAUUUAUUGGUUACCUAUUUGGUUCCAGGCCGUACUAGGAACAUCGCCAACACAGAGUGGUGUUAAUUAUUUCCCUACGGUUAUCGCCGACGUCCUCGCCGCAUUCAUUGGUUCGGGCAUCGUCAUGCAGUUGGGAUUGUGGAACCCCUUUCUCUUGUUUGGAGAAGCUAUGGUAUGUCUCGGCGGCGGCUUGCUUAGCACACUAUACCCUGAGAUCUCGAGCGGGCACUGGAUCGGGUAUCAAAUCUUCGGCGGCAUUGGUUACUCUCUCGCAUCUAGUAUUUCUCAUCUUGGAAUGCAAGCCUCGCUUCCACAAGACCUCGUGCCCGUCGGAGCGUCUACUCUAUUGUCAAUUAUUUCAACCAGCUGCGCUAUAUUUAACGCAGUUGGUGAAACUGUGUUUCAACAACGGCUAGAGAUAAAUCUUCGUUGUGUCGUGCCGUCAGAUGUUAUUAAAAGGAUUAUAUCUGUUGGUGCAACUGAUAUCGCUUCAGUCGUGAAUCCGGACCAGUUACAGCCUGUAGUUCGUCAAUACAGCAAGUCAAUUACUCAGAUAUUCUACAUUCCGGCCGGCGCGCCUGUCAUAUCCUUCAUUUUAGUUGCAGGGUGUAAGUGGAUCUCGACAAAGAAUAAACAAAGUCCGGCUCAAGUCACCGAAAGGAAGGACGCAGUUUAG